AUCCUCAACUUACUUCAUCAAACACUCUAAACUCCUUCACGAUGAGUGUAUCGAGAUUCUCUACGCCUGUUGAGCCAGAGCACCCGCCAUUCAUGGUGUGGAACCUGGACCUGAACGAGGACGGCACCACGCCCCAUGACAAAUCGUUUAUCAGGAUUCCUUCAGUGCUGAACCAGUCGUGCGCAGUGCGGUUUCGUAUCCUGAUCGGCUCAACGGCGUCGAUUGAUGCGGUUCUGCACACGAACUAUCCGCUGGAUGGGUCGGACUAUGUGCGGACCAAGUUCCACUCGAAGCGGUUCAACUUCAACAACUCGACCGAGCUCAUCUGCGAGUUCCGCAUCCAGCGGCCAGGACCGUAUCAGUACUACGUGACGUAUAAGAGCGUGGAUGACGAAGAGAGUGACUAUACGGACUGCAUUUCGUGCGACAGCGACGAGGUUCCGACACUGGAGCGCGUGUACCGUGUGUUCAAGGACCGUCGCACCCCGACGUCAUACUUUUUGGUUGACCCACAGCUGACGCUGGGAGGGCAGCACCUGGCGCUGGAUGGCAUAGCGCUGCAGUCGGUCAGCCCCAAGUGGCUGGGGCCCAUGAAGGGCUGGAGCAAGCACCUUGCGAACAGCAGCAAGAUGGGGUACAACAUGCUGCAUUUCAUUCCGAUGCAGCAGCGGGGCGGGUCGGACUCGCCGUACUCGCUGUACAACCAGCUGGAGCUCUCUGACGACCUGUUUGAGGGCGAGAAGCUGAGCAAGGAGGAGAAGGACCAGCGGCUGCGCACGGUCUGCCUGGAGAUGCACCACAAGCACCAUCUGCUGGGGAUCACGGACAUGGUAUGGAACCACACGGCGUACAACUCCGAGUGGCUGUGCGAUCACCCCGAGGCAGGAUUCAACCUGGUCAACUCGCCGCACCUGCGCAGCGCAUACGAGCUGGAUGCCAAGCUGUGCGAGUUCUCGAAGAACCUGCCCGAGUACGGAUUUGACCGCAUGGUCAGCACGGUGGCGCAAGUGGACAGCCUCAUGGAGGGGGUCAACACACACGUGAUCCAGCCAUUGAAGCUGUGGGAGUUUUAUGUGGUGGAUGUGGAGGGCACGGUGCAGGCGGUAUCGGAUGCGUGGGACAAGGCUGGGGUUGAGAUGUCGGCAGACGACAUUGCCAAAGCAACAGAGCUGCAGGGCGACGAGCGCAACGAGUGGCUGCAGACGUUUGUGAUCAACAACGACCCGCACACGCUGAGUACUCGGCACGGACGCACGAUCGACAGCGAGCGCGCGGUGGCGGUGCUGCGGCUGCUGAACGGCAACGACAAGAAGCAGGGCCUAGAGCAGCUGCGGCGGCUGCUUGAUCUGAUAAACCUGCCGUACUAUCGCGAGUACGACAGCGACGUGGCCCGGAUCCGCAAGAAUGUCGGGGAGCGCGUAAAGUACGAGCGGCUGGACCGCGGCAGCUGGAAGUUUGGCAAGCCCGUGGACGACGAUUUCAAGAUUGUUGACCCCCUGUUCACUACAGUCACGCCACGUGGCGGGGAUUCGGGCGCGGGAAAGGUCAAUGAGGACCUGUACCACCUGGCCAACAACGGGUGGAUCUGGGGCGGGAAUCCGCUGGAUAACUUUGCCGGGCCGCAGUCCAAGGCGUAUCUGCAGCGCGAGGUGAUUGUGUGGGGCGACUGUGUCAAGCUCAACUACGGAACGCAGGCGUCAGACAACCCGUGGCUGUGGGAGCACAUGCGGCAGUACACGCUGUCGAUGGCCAAGGCGUUCCACGGGUUCCGCAUCGACAACUGCCACAGCACGCCGAUUGAGCUCGCGGAGUACCUGCUUGACCAGGCGCGCAAGGUCAAACCGGAUCUGUAUGUGAUCGCCGAGCUGUUCACUGGGUCAGAAGCCACGGACCAGAUCUUUGUGCAGCGGCUGGGCAUCAACUCGCUGAUCCGCGAGGCGAUGCAGGCGUGGGACUCGCAUGAGAUGUCGCGUCUGGCGCACCGGCACGGCGGGCGACCGGUCGGUUCGCUGGCGGUGGACUGCCUUGGUGAGCCGGGGUUCUUCACAGACGACGAGCAUGGCGGCACUCGCGUGGAUGGCAUAGUGGCGCCGCUGAGUGCGUCGCUGCCGCAUGCGAUAUUCUUCGACUGCACGCAUGACAACGAGGUGCCGGCGCAGAAGCGCACAAUGCAGGAUGCGCUGCCGAAUGCGGCGAUAGUAGCAAUGACCGCCUGCGCUACAGGCAGCAACAGGGGCUACGACGAGCUGUACCCAGAGCUGCUCAACAUUGUCCAUGAGUCGCGGCAGUAUGCUCCGCUGGAGGAUCCGCUCAGCGUCGGGCUGGGGGAGGCCAAGGCCAAGCUCAACCAGCUGCAUGCGGAGAUGGCCCAGUUCCAGGAGGUGCACGUGCACCACGAGAACGAGUUUGUGACGGUACAGCGGAUGCAUCCCGUGACCCGGCAUGGCGUGCUGAUGGUGGCCCACUGCGCAUUCAGGGGAGCGUCGGAGAACUCGCACUUUGAGAACCCGCGGCUGUAUGGAACCGCGGUCCAUCCCGAGUUUGCGUACCGGCUGCGGCCGGGCAGCGGCGGCAGCAACGGCGAGGGCAACAGCGACGACGGGCUCAUCCAUGGGCUGCCCAGCACGCUGGAAAAGCUGGAUGCGCCGGGGGUGUUUGAGCGCGAGGACGAGCACGGGAUGUACACUGAGCUGCGGCUGCCCAAGGACUUUGGCCCUGGUAGCGUGCUGGUGGUGCGGACGCAGCUGGUUGAUUUCAAGCCUAACCUUGACUGGAAGAUCCGCACCAGCGCCGACGAUGCGGUAGCGCGGCUUGAUCUGGCAGCGCUCAAUGCAGCGCUGUACCGGUGCGACGCGGAGGAGCGCGACACGAUUGGCGAAGGGGUAUACGACGUGCCAGGACUGGGACCGCUGCCUUACUGCGGACUGCAAGGCUGGCACACGCACCUGCGGCAUAUCAUCCCCAACAACGACCUGGGGCAUCCGCUGUGUGGGCACCUGCGACAGGGCACGUGGGCGCUGGACUACGUGGUGCGGCGGCUGCAUGCCUACACCGAGUACCACGCCCCGCUGGCGAUUCUGGCGGCGUGGUUCGAGGAGCGCUGGGCGCUGGUCAAGCGGGUGCCGAACUUUUUGAUGCCGCGGUACUUUGCGCUGACGGUGCAUACGGCAUAUUGCGCGCUGAUCCGGCGGGCGCUGGCGCUGAUGCCUGGCGACGUCAUCAGCAGCUCGCGGUUCACGCGUGAGCUGGCGCUGACAUCGGUUCAGCUUGUCGGACACGUCAACAGCGCGGCGCUGCGGCCGGUGUGCCAGGACAAGGCGCGCACGUCGAUGAGCGCAGGGCUGGCACACUUUUCGACGCACCACAUGCGGUGCUGGGGCCGCGAUGUGUUCAUUGCGCUGGAGGGCCUGCUGCUUGUGACUGGGCGGCAUCAGGAGGCACGUGAGCAUAUCCUGGCGUUUGGCAGCACGCUGAAGCACGGGCUGAUCCCGAACCUGCUGGACUCGGGGCGGUAUCCGCGGUACAACGCACGUGAUGCGACGUGGUUCUGGCUGCAGGCAGUGCAGACGUACUGCAACCAUGCAGACAACGGGCUGGAGCUGCUGGACGAGCCGGUGGCGCGGCGGUUCCCUGACGGUGAGACGUUUGUAGAGUUUGACAGCGACCAGGCGUUCUCGACGACCAGCACCGUGGCCGAGCUGAUCCAAGAGAUCCUGCAGCGGCACGCGCAGGGGAUCCGGUUCCGCGAGUGGAAUGCGGGUCCGCGGCUGGACGAGCACAUGCGCGACGCCGGAUUCGACAUCGAAGUCUCGGUUGACUUUGCCAGCACAGGGUUUGUGUCGGGCGGCAACCAGUGGAACUGCGGCACAUGGAUGGACAAGAUGGGCUCGUCAGACAAGGCAGGGAUCCGCGGGGUGCCGGGUACUCCCCGCGACGGCGCUGACAUUGAAAUUGUCGGGCUGCAAAAGUCAGCGCUGCGGUGGGUGUCGUCGCUGCAUGAGAUGGAGCGGUUCCCGUUCGAGGGCGUGACGACCAGCUCGGGGAAGCGUGUCACGUAUGCCGAGUGGGAUGCGCUGGUGCAGCGCAGCUUCGAAAAGCACUUCUGGGUGCCGCUGAGCGCAGCUGACGAUGCUGAGUACCACGUGGACACCGCGCUGGUGAACCGGCGUGGCAUCUACCGCGACACGUACGGCUCGACCCAGGCGUGGGCGGACUACCAGUUCCGACCCAACAUUGCGGUGGCGAUGGUGGUUGCGCCGGAGCUGUUUGAUACAGGCCAUGCACUGGUGUGUCUGCACAAAAUGCGGGCGGUGCUGUCGGGACCGCUGGGGAUGCGGACGCUGGAUCCGUCGGACAUGCGGUACCGGCCGGAUUAUGACAACUCGAACGACUCGGAUGAUGCGCUGGUAGCCCACGGGAUCAACUACCACCAGGGUCCCGAGUGGCUGUGGCCGACCGGGUACUACCUGGCAGCGCAGCUGGAGUUCAUGCGGCAUGCUGUCAACCAGCGCUCGACGGGCGGCAAGGCGACACAUGCGCUUCGCACGAUCUUCCACGAGCUGCACGCCCACAUGGUUGCGCUGAAGCACCACAUUGCCAAUGCGCCGUAUGCGGGGCUGCCCGAGCUGACAAACCGCGAUGGCUCAUACUGCAGGGACUCGUGCGAGACGCAGGCGUGGAGCUCGGCGUGUCUGCUGAUGGCGCUGCAGCGCAUGAUGGACCUCGAGCAGAAGGUGCACCGACUCAUUGAGCUCUCGGACAUUGUGCAGUAA